AUGAAGCAGGCAGACUCCGACAGCCCUCUGCUGCGUUACCUGGGCGACGACAAGAUCCUGGUGAUCCAGGAGGAGCCGGACGCGUCGCGGGAGUCGAAGCGCGACACAGGACGACGCUCGCGCAAGAAGACCUGUCACUCUCUCUACCUCUCUACUCUCUCUAUACCUCCUCUCUACCUUUCUCCUCUCUCUCUCCUUCCACAGAGAGUUGGAGACACACUGAGAGCAGACACAGACAGGUAUGCUAGUUUUGGCAUUGAGAGGCAAGGAGGACCAUCCAUGAGGAAGUCGUUCCACUACGCCUCUCUGAGGACUAAGCCCAAGAGGAGAACUAAAGGUUCUCUGACCAGCGCCAGCCGGAGGAGGAUCUCCUGUAAGGACCUGGGUCAUGGGGACUGUGAGGGCUGGCUCUGGAAGAAGAAGGACGCCAAGGGCUACUUCACCCAGAAGUGGAAGAAGUACUGGUUCAUCCUGAAGGAGUCGUCCCUGUACUGGUACACCAACCAGAAUGAUGAGAAGGCUGAAGGAUUCAUCAGCCUGCCAGAGUUCCGGAUAGACCGGGCCAUCGAAUGCCGGAGAAAACAUGCAUUCAAAGCCUGUCAUCCCAAAAUCAAGAGUUUCUUUUUUGCCACAGACUGUCUGGAGGAGAUGAACAGGUGGAUGAACCGGCUGGGGCUGGCAGCCAUCGGCUACACCCCUGAUGACAAGGUUCCUCGUCCAGACGAAGACUGCUGGAGUGAGAGCGACCAGGAUGAGAUGGACGGCUCCAUGACCCUGAAACAGGAGGCCAUGUCCUCGCAGUUUGACACCUACCACCGCCCCCCUUCUGUGAACUCCUCCAGUCCCUUCCCUGAGCGUCACUUCUCCAGUGAGUCCACCUACUCCCACUCUUCAGCCGAGGACUCCCGUCCGGACGUGCCCGGCAGCGCCCACGCCUCCUCCUACCACUCCUCCCACCGGGAGCGUCGGUCCUGGCAGGACCUGAUCGAGACGCCCCUCACCAGCUCUGGGCUCCACUUCCUCCAGACUGUCCCGGGCGACAGCGACGCCGGCUACGGCAGCGGCUACAUGGGCCUGGGCCAGCUGCUCAUGUCCCCAGAGCGCCGGCGCCAGGCCACCCUGCCGGCCCAGAGACACCGCUGCCCUGACAGGGACGGGCCCUUCCCCCUGGUGGACCUGGAGGAGCUGGGCCGGGGCCUGCAGGGCCACACACACAAGCAGCGCAGCCAGAGCCUCCCCAGGAACAGGGAGGCUGCCGACAGCCAGGGGCUGAGGCCCGCGGUACCCCCGGGGGAGAGGAGGGAGGAUGACGAGGUGCCUGUUAGGAAGCACAACGGCAGGAAACCCCACGGGAAGGCCGAUUCCCGGUCCAGAGAGCGUGGAUGUCACGACCAGGUGGACGGUUACCAGGAGUUGUACCGCUCCAUAGAGCAGGCCAGCCUGUCCCCCCUGGGUCACCAGAGACCCUCCACCAAGCAGGAGUUCCGUUCCUCCUUCGUCAAGCGAUGCAACGACCCCGUCAUUAACGACAGGCUGCACCGCGUACGAGCCCUGCGCAGCACGCUGAAGGCCAAAGAGGGUGACCUGGCCGUCAUCAGCCAGGUUCUGGAUAACCCCGCUUUGACGUCCCAGAUGUUCCAGGACUGGAAGCAGCUGCACCAGGAGCUGUUCUUGGACAUCUGCGAGUUCAGCUCGACCCCAGCAGAGCCUCAUCUGCAGCCCUCGGACCUCUCCCCCCUCUCCCCCCCUGUCAUGACGCACACACACUCCUUCAUCGAGACUCACGUUUGAGACUGAGGAGCUCCAGUCCUGACCCUCUCCUCCUCCUCCUCCCUCCCUCUCUCUCCCCCUCCCUCCCCCCCUUUCUCUCCUCCUCUACUCCUCCUCCUUCUCUCUCCUCAUCCCUCCCCCUCUCUCUCCUCCUCCUCCUCCCUCUCCUCCUCCCUCUCAGAUGUCUGUUCAGCCAGGGCCUCCCCUCACUGCUAACAGCAGAUAAUAUAACAAGCCAAUCACUGUUCGAUGUGGACAGACAGAGUCAUAGUGUACAUAAGGUACAUGGGAAGAGCUUCAAUUCUGCAUGCCUGAAGAGAAACUAGCAUUCUUCUUUAAGAAAAAAUUAAAAUAAAAAUGCAAACAAAUGAUAGAUGGAAAGAGGACUAACUGACACAACGAUGCAAACAGUUUGGGGCUUUUUUCGCAGUGUGUUUCUCCUUGUUUGAUUGUGUCUACGGUAGUUUCAUUCCUUGCUCGGAAGGAAAGACGCUUUCUCUCUGUUAGGGUUUUCAUUUCUCCCUUUAAUGCUGCUUGACAAGGGUGGUAUGUAGCAACAGGCCAUGAACAUCAUUCUUACAACAAUGCACAUUCCUGCAGGGCCAGAUACUGUGCGACUCAGAGAAGAGUGUCUAAGUGUCUAGUCUGUGUUAUCAUGUGUGUAGGGAACACUGAGGCUGGGACAGAGUUUUGCUUGGUUUGGACUUCAGCUUGCAAAGCUUGGUAGGGUUUUAUAAUGCAUUUUUGUUGAAUGUUUGAAUGUUGCAUGUUUAACAUGUACAGUUCAAUAUGUAUAUUUUUUAUGUACAUUUUAUUUUAGUCAAACGAUGUAGUUUACAGUACACCUCCACAGGUAUUAUUUAGUAAAACUACAUUAUUGAUAUGUCUCUGUCGGUUACAAUGAUUUUAUCCAUCGACAUUGAAGAUUUGGUGAGAUUUAUUUUUGAAAUUCAACAGCUGCAUGAUAGUUAACAUGUACAUGUGCCAUUGGGGUUGAUAAAUAAAUAUGUAAAAAAAAUAUGAAUUAUGUUUGCAUAGCAGCACCCUCUAUUUAAAACUGUGAACUAUAUACUUGUGAAUGCAAUCUUUAGAUUCUGUCUGCACAGAAUCUUUUUACUUAUAUUUUUCUUAGAAAAAUAAGAUAAAAUUCAAAAAGCAUUGCGUUUUCUGAAUGCCUGUUUUGGCUCCAGCUGUUCCAGCGUUACCUCCUGAUCUUAGGGAUUGAUUCAGGUUCACUUAUUUGCUCACGUCUUCAGUUUUCCGUAUCUUUGUGUACUUCCAAUGUGAAUGUAUGGGCUUGUUUUCAAGGGUUUUCCUGAAACAGUCGGCUUCAAUUAUUUAUCUGGGAAUUUGUUUGGGAGUUUUGGAAGUUGGACUUCAAUAUGUUUGCAUUCUGCGCAAAACAAGUGAUGACCUCCUUACUAACCCUCCCUUUGCAGACUGACAAACUGGAUUGUUUCUUUUUAGACAUUUGCUCCCUUGUAACGGUAUAAACUUGUCUUUAAAAUGUUCUCCUUUGUGCCGCUUAAUAUUUGUAUCCUUACUCUUGGCAGGACAUUGCUUUAACCAGAACUACCAUCGAGCAGUGACUGUCCUGACACCUGAAAGGCCUUUUUGUUGUCUGAACCCUUGAUACAGUAGAACAUUAUACUACAACAUGUACAGUAUUAUGAGGUUCACCCUUAAUGUUUAAUUACUUGUCUUGAGACACUUGUUGGCUACCAUAACAGUUCCAAAGUGUCCACAAUUGUUACUCUCAAGUUGUUGCUCUCAAUUUUCAAGAUUUUACGACUAGCAGUACAUGUAUUGUAGAAUGUAUUUCAUUUAGGCUAUUCGGAAUGUAAUUGUUCUCACAAUGUUAUGAAACAUUGAACACGAAUUCAGUCUAAGCUGUCCAGGGUUCCACUGUGUCAUUGAGGUGUGCGCCUCAUAGCACACUGUCGGUGUGUAGCUAAGAUGUAAGUUGCACUGCAACAUUAAAAAAAGGAACAUAUUGCUCUUUUUUGAAAGUAUAUUAUUACAAGUGUUAUCGAGAAAGAUAAAUACAUUUAUUCUUCCUAUGAAUUGAAAGUAGCCUUUUGUUUUCAGAAAUAUAUACAGUGCGAGGUUGUAAACUCAAGUUGUAAAACCAAUAAAUGAAUU